CUCCGCGGCUGCCCGAGGCCGCGGCUCUCGGGGACUGGGGCCAGAAGGCGCCCGGCGGGGCCGCGCAGGAUUCAUGCGGCGCUGCUCGCGGCUGCGGGAGCCUGGUUGCGCCGUUGCAGCCAAGCCGGGAGGGGCCGAGCGGAGGGCCGAGCCGAGGACCGAGUGCCCAGAAGCCCUACUCUCUGGAGCUGCUCAGUCCCCAGAGGAGCUGUAUUGGUGCCUGAGGGGAGGAAAGAGCUGUUUCCUGCUUCCUGGCUGCUCUGCCUGUCUCCACUGCCAGAACCAGUGAGCUGAGCGCACAGUCUCAACAAACCAGACAAUGGCAGUUGAGUGGGUUUUGAAAAAUGCCUGAAAUUUAGUGGUCUGCGUCUACCAUCUGCCUUCUCACCACCCUUAAAAAAGAGUAAAGGGAAUGUUUGAAAGAGAGCUAUACUGAAAGAAGAGUGUUGCAAAUGGCUUCAGAACCUAUGAAUGCAAAACAAGCUAGGAAUCACUUCACAAAGGGGAAAAGGCUUCAGUACCAGCAAGCAAAGUCCAGAUCUCCAGUUUGUGAUGGUAAUGGAGAAGACUCCUUUAUCUUUGAAGCAAAUGAAGCCUGGAAAGAUUUUCAUGGUUCUCUUCUUCAGUUUUAUGAAAAUGGAGAGCUCUGUGAUAUCACACUAAAGGUUGGCUCAAAGCUAAUCCCUUGUCACAAACUUGUUUUGGCUUGUGUUAUUCCCUACUUCAAAGCCAUGUUUCUCUCUGAAAUGGCUGAAGCCAAGCAAACACUGAUUGAGAUCAGAGAUUUUGAUGGGGAUGCAAUAGAAGAUUUGGUAAAGUUUGUCUAUUCUUCACGGCUCACUUUGACUAUUGACAAUGUCCAGCCUCUCUUGUAUGCAGCCUGUAUCCUACAGGUUGAACUGGUGGCUAAGGCUUGCUGUGAAUACAUGAAGUUACAUUUUCAUCCAUCCAAUUGCCUGGCAGUAAGAGCGUUUGCUGAAAGUCACAAUCGAAUAGAUCUAAUGGACAUGGCAGAUCAGUAUGCCUGUGAGCAUUUUACUGAAGUAGUGGAGUGUGAAGACUUUGUAAGUGUGUCACCCCAGCAUCUCCAUAAGCUUUUGUCCUCCAGUGAUCUAAAUAUUGAGAAUGAAAAGCAGGUCUAUAGUGCAGCCAUCAAGUGGCUUCUUGCCAAUCCUCAGCAUCAUUCCAAGUGGUUGGAUGAAACACUUGCACAGGUCCGCUUGCCGCUGUUGCCAGUUGAUUUUCUUAUGGGUGUUGUGGCAAAAGAACAAAUUGUCAAGCAAAAUCUAAAAUGUAGAGAUUUAUUGGAUGAAGCAAGAAAUUACCACCUUCACUUGAGUAGCAGAGCAGUACCUGACUUUGAAUACUCCAUUCGGACUACCCCAAGGAAGCAUACUGCUGGUGUGCUGUUUUGUGUAGGUGGUCGAGGUGGAUCUGGUGACCCCUUUCGCAGUAUUGAAUGCUAUUCCAUCAACAAAAACAGUUGGUUUUUUGGACCAGAAAUGAAUAGUCGAAGGCGACAUGUGGGUGUAAUCUCAGUGGAAGGCAAAGUGUAUGCGGUGGGUGGACAUGAUGGAAAUGAACAUUUAGGUAGCAUGGAGAUGUUUGAUCCUCUCACUAAUAAAUGGAUGAUGAAGGCAUCAAUGAACACAAAGAGGCGAGGAAUUGCCUUGGCCUCCUUAGGAGGCCCAAUUUAUGCAAUUGGAGGGUUAGAUGACAACACUUGCUUCAAUGAUGUGGAGAGAUAUGACAUAGAAUCUGAUCAGUGGAGUACAGUGGCACCAAUGAAUACUCCCCGUGGAGGAGUUGGCUCUGUGGCCCUAGCGAACCAUGUUUAUGCAGUAGGUGGCAAUGAUGGAGUAGCUUCUUUAUCUAGUGUGGAGAGGUAUGAUCCACAUCUGGAUAAGUGGAUAGAAGUUAAAGAAAUGGGUCAACGAAGAGCAGGCAAUGGAGUUAGUGAGCUCCAUGGUUGCUUAUAUGUUGUUGGUGGUUUUGAUGAUAAUUCUCCUCUGAGUUCAGUUGAGCGAUAUGACCCUCGAAGCAACAAAUGGGAUUAUGUGGCAGCACUUACCACUCCCCGGGGUGGAGUGGGGAUCGCAGCAGUCAUGGGCAAGAUCUUUGCAGUUGGUGGUCAUAACGGCAAUGCAUAUUUAAAUACAGUAGAAGCAUUUGAUCCAGUGCUGAAUAGGUGGGAGCUUGUUGGAUCUGUGUCUCACUGCAGAGCUGGAGCAGGAGUAGCUGUAUGUGCCUGUUUAACUAGCCAAAUUCGAGAUGUAGGUCAUGGAUCCAGUAAUGUAGUUGACUGUAUGUGACCUGAGUUCCAGCCAACCACCAACAAUUUAGUUGUAUGUGAUGGGCAAGAAAGACAAACAGAAUUUCCUAAGAUCACUUAUGAAGAGUUUAACUACUACUAGAGUCUUAAAUAUAAACUGUUGUAUUGUGACUAAGUGCAACACUGGAAUGAUAGGUAAAAAAUUAUUAGUAAUAAAGUUAAUUAUACUUCCUACUUCAGCAAAUAAUGGACUAGGGAAGGAAAACAGUCUGACCUGAAACCAUACCUUCUCCAAAAAAUGUUUAAGGUAGUGCCAAAACCAUGAAAUCCCCCUUUUAAGAAAAUUUGAAUGAAUCAAAAUGUAAAAUGGAGUUCUUUGCUGAGCUUUUACCUUUUUUUUGCCUAAAGGUGUUAACCCUGGGUGGUAGGUUUUUUCUAGAGAUUAGAAUCCAUUCAUCAACACAGGGAUAUCAGGACACAUGAGAGAGCUGCUCCUUUUGAAUAUGGUUUCUACUUGGUGCUGAUGAAUUUAUGCCUUGCUUUUUUAUCUAGGGGUUGAUUUUUCAAUUUCUUGGAUAUUUACGGAAGUAGAAAACUGCUUUAUCUUUCUGAGAGCCACUUGGCUGCAUUUCUGGAAGCUUAUAGGAGUGCUGGAAGCAGCCCUUAGUGUCAAUUUGAAUUGUUAGGAUGCCAAAAGAUCUAGCUGAACUAAUUCCAUCUGAAUAAAUCUAUACCUUUAUUCUUUCAUCUCAUGUAAAAAUGGAUUUGUUUCAUAAUAAGCAAAAACUGAACCAGAGGAAAUAUUAGAAGAGAAGGCUUUAGAACUGAUGUUAUUCUAGCGCCCAGUUGAGUGCCCUUGAGAAGCAACGGUGAUUACAUGACUCCCUAUUGAGAGGAGUCUGAAAAGAUGUUUCUCUUCUUUAAUUAUUUGAUUUUGAACCCAAGAUUUAUUAUCUUUUUAUUUUGCUGUUUGCCACCAUCCUGGUUUUUCUAACUGUACAGAAUAUGGGUUUAUUUAUUUUCAGAAAAUGAAUCCAUUUACAAAAAUCCUUUAUAUACUUUACUGAUUAGUUCAAGCCCGUCGUUACCAGUAAAAGAUACUGUUGGUAAAAAAAAACACCAAGAAGAUUGAAAUGACUGUUUUUCCUCUUAUAGUUAGUGCUCUCCAGUAUGUUCAUUGACUUUAACUGAAACUAUUUCUACACGUUCAUUUGGAGCCAUGAUAAUGAUACACCUACUGAUUUCACAGUUCUUCAUGGUUUUAACCAGCAUUAUAAAAUGGCCAAUUCAUUAUAUGUAAAUAUUUUUAUAAACAUUUAUGAAGAGUAUUAAAAUACUCUGUUUUGUAUUUGGAAUGCAGUUUGGUACUUCUCUUGUAGGCCUUCCUACAUGUUCCUUUAGUCAUGCUUUAGAAUUUAGUGCUCCUUGCUGGUCAGUCAUCUGGUUCACACUGCCCCCUGCCACCCAGCCCGGAAGUCCAUUGCCUAAAAACCUCUGAUGGUCCUCAUUCAAGUCAACCUGGCUUGUCAGUACAAUAGGGCAAAAGCCACAUUACAGAUGCUGGUGUCUAUUGGUAUAGCAGACCAAAAGAAGAGGAAAAAAUUGUGUAAGGGGGUCCAGGCCAGCAGAUAAAGGUCUUUCAUGAAGCAGACUUAAAAGUAUCUUAAUUAUGCCAUUUGUUACUGUCAGCUUAUGGGCAAGUUUGUAAGUCACUGCUGAACCUGAAUCCGUGUUCUCUGGUGUAACUUUAUAUUUCAGUCAAUCCCCAAAGCAUUUAACUGCAGCAUCCACUGGACUGACUGUAAACAACUGGCUUCAUAUGGAAAAUAAGUCUCAGAACCUGGCAUGAACUGUUUAUUUCUCAUGGCUAAUGGAGUUCUUGUAUUAUAAUGCUUGUCCGGCUAUGACUGCCAGUAUGUUUGUUGUAUUUAUUUUUGUCAGGGAGUGGAUGUGAUCUCAGGUCUAAGAUUAUUUAAAUGUUUUUUCUUUAACUUAUUACUGCCUUUGUUGUAUGUAGAGAGUUAAGGAGUAUCAAGGUAUUUCCAUUUCUGUUUUUUACUAUACAAUAGUCAUCUAACAUACUAAGUUGGUACCCUGCUUACCUGUAAAAUAGAACUACUCAAGAGGGAAGUAAAGUGAGGUAAAGGGAACACUUGGCUGUUAUAUUUUGUAUGGAUAGUCAGCAUAGCCUUGAAGGACCUGGCAGUGGUAUGAAAAGAUAAAUAGUGGAAUCAAUAUGCACAGUCUCUAUUAAAAACACAUUCUUUGAGAUAUGAAAUGGGAAUCAGGCAAUUGAAAGAUGACAGAUAUUCAUAGGAAUAAAGAUGAAAUAAUCAAAGAUGGUUGCUUACUUAAUUGUGAGGCCUGUCACUUUACUCUCAGAUGUUAAUAGGAAUACCAAAAAGUGAUACAAUAUAGAGCUAAAUGUUGAAAUUGUAAGUGGAAAAAAAAAUGUGAGAAUUUGCAUAGUAUUUCUUCAAGAAAUAUUUCUAGGUGCUUUUGUAUCAUUAAAGCCACUACUUUCCUGUACUGUACUACCACUUUAAAAACAAAUUGCUUAAUAUUGUUUUUGACAAAUUUCACUGUAUUCUGUGUAACUAAUUGAUUAUUUUAAAUGUUUGAAUAAACUUUGUAUAUACCCUGUAA